GCUCGUCGUCUGACAACUUCAAAAUUGAUGGCAAUGAAGAUGUCAAAAUUUCAAGUAAAACAUUCGAGUUAAAUGGGGAUAUAUCUUAAAUGGAAGAUGAAGUCCAACUACAGAGUUUGGCAAAAAGACUCAUAAACAUUUACAAUGCAUGCAAAUGGUCCAAAACAAAACUUCACCUACGCAAGAAAAAACGCACAUACCGAAAUACAGAGGACCGCGAAAAUUACGAAGAAUUCACAGAAGUCGAAACCGAAGGCUCUGCAAGAACUGUCUUCGUCUACAGCAGAGGAAAUCGGAGGAAAAUUGAGGAAUCAUCAGAUAUUUCUGAUGAAGAAUCAGCAGCACUGAGAAAAUAUCUAGAAGACAAAUUGAAACGAAACAACAUACUUCUUGAAGAGUACUGGAACGACCAGUCGGUCAACGUGUGCACUUGCAAAAAGUGCUGUUGCGAUACUGAAGGACAGCCAUGCCCUAGAUACGAAAUUGUGGAUAAAAAGCAGAAGGGUGCCGACAUUAAGAAGAAUUCUAAAAUUGUAAUAUGCGUUAAUCCGACCGAUAAACAACAGGAAGAACAGAAGAACAGUCCGAAAAGUUGCUGCUGUUCCACUCAACAAAAUUAUGUACCAAGCCCGCCAGUUAAAAAGAAAUCGAUCAUGAAGGCGUCCAAGCCACCGAAUCGAGAUGGCUUAUGUCAGUGCUGUCCUGCCGCCGAACCUGAGACCUACGCACCUCCAGAAUGUCCUCGAAUCUGUGGUUCCGAACCUUUUUGUCCUUACUACGCACCUCCACUGCCUCCUCCUAAACCGCAGAAUACGACCAAAGCAGCAACUUGCCAGUGUUGUCCGCCUCCACCAAGGUGCUGCUGCUCGUAUCCACCAACUCCUCCUCCUCCCAUUGCCACGUCUUGUUGCCAGUGCUCCCCUCCUACACCUUCUGAAAAUUUAUGUUGUGAUUGUUCACCACCGAGCUCUGCUGGGUGUUGUGAGUGUGAACCACCUCCGCCGGUAAACACGGGUUGUUGCCAGUGUGAACCUCCCCCACCAGCUGCUACCUUAGGUUGUCAGUGCUGCCCCCCUCCUCCUUGUUGUUACUGCGACGAAGAAAUUGAUUUUCCGCCAGAAGAAAAUUUCUGUUGCUGCCAGACCCAAGGCGCCAACGGCCAGACCAUCAUACACGCUGAUAAGAUUAUAAUACCCACUUGCUAUUUCAACGAAGGGGAACAGGGCACGGAGUCUGGUAAUCUUUCCUGCGCGAUCAGCGAAGAAGUUAAGAACGAACUGUUGGACGACUGUUCUAAUGAAGGAACGGAUGAUAAACAGAUUAACACAAGCUGUAUUAUAAUCCGAAGUUGUACUUCUUCGUACAGACGGGCUAAUGCACCUCCGCCUGAACCUGAAGCGUUUGUACCCUGUACGUGUCCUAAGAAGGAUGUGCCUGAACCAAAGAAGAAAUGUCCGGAACCAGCUCCGAAGCCGGCUGAACCGAAGCAGAAACCGCCUGAGCCGAAGCAGAAACCGCCUGAACCAAAGAAGAAAUGUCCUGAACCCGCGCCGAAGCCGCCCGAACCAAAGAAGCCUGUCGCAACAUCAAGUUCUUGUAAGAGGCCGCCGGUUUGCUGCAAGUGUCAACAGAAAAUUUCGACUGAGCAGAAAACACCGACACAACGACCCCAACAACCCCCACCACCUCAAAAUCAACCACCACCACCUCCCCCGCAACAACAACAACCGCCUCCGCAGCAAUACCAGCCCCCUCCGCAACAAUACCAGCCCCCUCCGCAACAACACCAGCCCUCCCCGCAUCACAAUUCACCAUAUCCGGUUCCUGGGGCUCCCCACGCCAUGGCACAUCCAUCGGCUUACAACAGUAUCUACCCACACGGAGAGGAGAAGAUGAUAGCGAAACAUUCGCCUCAACCCUUCAGCGAUCAUCUGCACCCGCCUUACGCAAGCAAUUACGUUGGUUCGCCUUACGCCGUAGGGAUGGCGCCACCUAGAGUAACUGAUCACACCGCCCCCUUGAGGAGCCAGAGUCAACCAGGUGACUUAUGUCCUCAUUUGACGCCCAACGGUGAGGGCGAUUCGAGGAUUCCUGGUAUUAAUGAAAACACAGAGGCGGAGAUAUUCGCAACUUUGCAAAAGAUCGAAAUUACUUUAAGGGAUGAAGCUGAUAUGCACAGCAGGAACAUGCGUUGUAUAGUAGAUACAGUGUGUAAGCAGGCAGGUGAAAUCAAGGAAUUGAAAGUUUUGGUAACAGGAGUAGUGGAUGAAAAGAAAGCUCCUUCUUGUAAAGAGGUUGAGAAGAAAAUCAAAAAAUUGGACAAAAAGAAAGAAAAGGAAGCCAAGAAGCAAAGAGAACGUGAAAUGCAAGAAAGAGAAAAGCAAAGACAAGAAGCAAAAGAUAAAGGCCUUGAUGUGGUACCAUCUAAUUUAUGCUGUAAAUGUGCUGAGAAAAAGAAGAAACGACCUCAGGGUUGCUGUGGUAAAUGUUGUGCUAAACGUUGCUUUGGGUGUUGUGGAAGAUGUUGUGGAGGUUGCUGUGCGAAAUGCUGUGAUAGAUGUUGUUUCCCCUGUGAGAAAUGCUGUCCCUUAUGUUGUGUAUUUGCGAAGUGGUGCGAUUUUUGUUGCUCGUGCAGAUGCUGUCGUCGCAGAAAGAAGUGUAAAUGCAGCAAAUAACUGCUGUGAAAUCAUUGCUUUAUGUAAGGUUCAAAACUCAAAUAUACAUUUUGAACUUCA